AUCGUCACAGGAAGAAGCUCAACAUCUCCUACUCUCGUAUUUAUAUUUUAUAACCUAUUGAUCUCAUCUCCCAUUCUCACUCACAGUUGGUAUAUCGAAAUCCCACAGCUUUUCCUGCAACCAACAAAUAUGGCAAACAGUGUCGUCGAAACUCAACAGCAACAAGAACAGAACGCCAUUCCUCUUCUCACUCCCUACAAAAUGGGAAACUUCACUCUUUCUCACAGAAUUGUGAUGGCGCCGUUAACUAGACAGAGAUCUUACGGGAAUGUUCCUCAGCCGCAUGCUAUCUUAUACUAUUCCCAGAGAACCACCAAAGGGGGACUUCUUAUAACUGAAGCUACAGGAGUUUCCAACACUGCUCAAGGGUAUCAAGACACACCUGGUAUAUGGACAAA